UACGAACCAAAUUUCUCUCUUCAUAUAUAAUAAAAUUUCACCACCAUUUAUUUGCUUCACAAUGCUAGAAGAGGAAGAAGCAGAAGAAAUAUAAACAAAUAAUAAUCUAAACAAAACCAAAUCUCUCUUCCCUUCUCUGCAACGAAGAAGAGAGAGAGUGUGUGUUUAGAGAAAUGCAAGAUCCAUCAAACCCUAAUUCACAGAAAUUAUCAGGAGGAAUGGCUGGAAACAACAAUCCUAGUAGUAGUAGUCUACCAUUUAGAGGUUCACAUCAUAGAAGAGCACAUUCAGAGGUAAAUUUCCGGAUCUCUGAAGACCUAGAUCUAAUUUCAGAUCCAUUUGAUACAACAACAACUAGUUUUGAAGAAAUGGGAUCAGAAGAUGAUCUAUUCUGUGCUUAUAUGGAUAUUGAGAAAUUUGGAUCUAAAGUUGAAGAUGGUGCUGCUGGUAAUAUGAAUUUGGAAUCUGGAAUUGGUGGUGGUGUGAAUCAGAACAGUAAUGGCGGUGGUGGUGGGAAUGAUAGUGGGGUUUUUGGUGCUGAGAAAAAUAUGAGACCUAGACAUAGACAUAGUAAUUCUGUUGAUGGUUCUUCUUCUAUGUCUAGAGGAGACAGAGAGAGUUUGUUUGGAGAUGUUAUGGAAGCUAAGAAAGCUAUGGCUCCUGAUAAACUUGCUGAGCUUUGGGCAUUAGAUCCAAAACGAGCCAAAAGGAUUUUGGCAAAUCGUCAGUCUGCUGCACGUUCUAAGGAGCGAAAAGCCCGAUAUAUAAUUGAACUUGAACGAAAAGUUCAGACCCUUCAAACCGAAGCAACUACUCUUUCUGCACAGCUCACAUUAUUCCAGAGAGAUACUACAGGUCUGACUACUGAAAACACAGAGCUAAAGCUUCGGCUACAAGCCAUGGAGCAGCAAGCUCAGUUGCGUGAUGCUCUGAACGAGGCACUAAAGCAAGAACUUGAGAGGCUCAAGGUUGCAACCGGGGAAGCGGUGAACAACAACGAAACUUUCAACUUGGGGAUGCACUAUAUGCCAUAUAAUUCAUCUUCGUCAUCCUUCUUUUCGCUUUCCCAGCAGCAACAACAGCAGCAGCAACAACAUCAGCAACAACAACACCAACAGCAACAAGGAGCAGGUGGUGGUGGUGGUCACAACGAUAGCAGAGCUUACCAGACCAUGCAGUUGCCACAGUUCCAUCCAUCUCAGUCUAACAUGCAAGGUCACCACCCUAUGUUUUCUGCCCGUGCUCAAGCUCUCUCCGAAAUGAUGCAACAAGACCAGAUUGGCCGGUUUCAGGGACUUGAUAUAAGUAAUAAUGGCAGGGGAACUAGUAUUGUGAAGUCUGAAGUCCCCUCAAUUUCUGCCAGUGAAAGCAGCACUACAUUGUAAAAACCGGCUUGGCUUCCCACUGCUGACAAAACCUACGUAUGGCCCACCCUGCCCACCAAAUUGCUAGUUUGUUUAUAGACUGACAUCACCAGUCCCAUUCCAAUAGGGCUUCUUUCCUCGUUUUCUUCAUCAGGUACUAUAAUACUUCAAAUUUUUUAUUUCAUUGGCCAUCAUCUUUUCAAUGCUUGUCUAUUCUUAGGGUUAAUUCAUUUAAGUUUUUGGUUAAAGUGCUGAAUAUUUGGUUGCAAUUUUCUUCCACGUUUCUUUUUCUUCUUUUCAAUUUUUUGGGUGUGCUGUAAUUUGGGAAACAGAAGGAUGUUUUUCCCAAAAGUGUUAAAAUUAGUGGGAUUGUAUCUUUUUCAUACAACUCAUCUGUAACUUCUCCAUCCGAUACUGUUGUAACUCUGAUUUCUUUAACUUCCAUUUCUUUUGAAUGACU